GUCAGAUCUCGACUUGUCUAGAUCAUGAGCGAUUCCAUCCGAUGUCUUGAGUUCUUUUCGGGCAUUGGCGGUUUGCAUUAUGCAGUCAACAUUGCUGGCGUGGACGCCCAAGUCAUUGCCGCCUUUGACGUCAAUGAGAUCGCUAACAAAGUGUACGAACACAACUUUAAAAAGAAGCCGUUGAAUAAAACGAUUGAACGGUUAACACCCAAUGACAUUGCGAAAUACAAAGCUGACUGCUGGCUUUUGAGCCCUCCGUGUCAACCUUAUACACAAGGCGGCCGCGAAAAGGAUUGCGACGAUCCCCGUGCCAAACCAUUGAUGCAUUUGAUUGAUCUGCUUCCACGUCUUGCUGAUCCGCCCAGAUACCUGUUCCUCGAAAAUGUCAAGAAUUUCGAAUCAUCGCAAUCAAGACGCAAACUGGUGGAACAGUUGGAUGCCCUUGGUUACGAGAUCCACGAAUGUCUUUUGUCACCCAUCCAGUUUGGCAUACCUAAUCAUCGUCUCCGAUACUAUCUCACCGCGCGACGUUGUCAUAACACGCAAGCGAAAAACGACGUUUCUGACAGUUAUGUCGAUCGGUGCACCAUUAACACAACUUGGCCUUUCUCCGAGGAAGCGCACUUUGAGCUACCAGAGUUGUCGAUAUUUUUGCAACCAGAAGCGGAUGACGAUGAGCGAUACAAAGUACCUUUCAAAGAUCUGAAGCGAUUGCAUAAUUUCCGUUUGGAUAUCGUUCGACCGGAUUCUCGAAAAACGUCUUGUGUCACCAAGUCGUACGGCUCACAUCAUAUCAUGACGAGUGGAUCGAUGAUGCAAACGAAAAAGCUGGAGAUCACCGAAUACGACUGGAGCAACUCAGAGUCGUUGACGGAGCUCGGUCUCCGAUUUUUAACGCCUACGGAAAUUGCCCGUCUACAUGCCUUUCCCCUUGAAAAGUAUCAUGAAGGUGUGAUCAGUAACACGACAUCCGUGAUGGGUGGCUGCCGGCCGUUUAUCGGACCUACGGUACAACCGUACCUUGAGUUUCCAUCUUCUGUGACCAUUGGUCAGCGAUACCGGUUGCUUGGCAAUAGUUUGAACUGUUGGGUGGUUGCGGAGUUAUUACGAUGUCAUCUCUUUCAAAGAUAAGCGCCCGCACAUGGAGCAAUUCUGCUUUAAAUUUUUUUUUAUUUUUUUUUUUCAUAGAGAUAGACUGAUGAAGAGCCAUUGUUGGUCCAAACUGUAAUGGGAUGUACAAAGCAAACAUUAUAAAAAAAAAUUACGACAAAAAAU